UUGAAGUCCCCACUCCCCAGUACAAAAACAGAGUACUUUAGCAGAGGAAGUUAUUCCAGUUCUCAGUGAUAGCGAAAGGAAGAAGCAGCAGAAGCUAUGAACGCUCCGGACCGCUACGAACGUUUCGUCGUCCCCGAAGGCACCAAAAAGGUGUCAUACGAGAGGGACACGAAGAUAAUCAAUGCGGCGUCGUUCACCAUCGAGAGAGAGGACCACACCAUCGGCAACCUUCUUCGCAUGCAAUUGCACAGAGACCCAAAUGUUCUGUUCGCUGGGUACAAGCUCCCUCACCCACUUCAGUACAAAAUUAUUAUUAGGAUACACACCACUAGCCAGUCGUCGCCAAUGCAGGCAUAUAAUCAGGCUAUCAAUGAUCAGGACAAGGAACUUGACCAUUUGAAGAAUGCGUUCGAGGCUGAGAUGGCAAAGCAUUCAAGGGAGUACUAGUAUGCAUUCAAGGCAUGCAAGGAAGCAGUUUGUCGAUUGUUUAUGUUGAGGGAGUUUUAUGGAACUUUUGCGUUGAAUCUGAUGGGUGUCAUGGAUUAAUGAACUUAAUACAGUCCUGAAGAAUAUUAAAUAUGUGUAAUGGAGGAUUUGAUCAUAACCUUAAUCAAUCGCAUUUUCAUGUGCUCUGAUCUCUAGCAAAGUGCAUAAAACUACCGGACAUAUGGAUCUCAUGUAACAUAGUUCUCUUUUUGGGUUCCAUUACCAUUAUGUAGUAGGAGUUACUCUGUUGUCAAACAGGAUAUUUGUUGAUGGUUAUCUUUUGUUGCUGUUGAAGUCAUUCCCGAUGGAUUUAGUUUGCA